AUGACUGAAUUCGAAACUCUCAGACAAGAGAACAAGACCGUUGCUGAAUAUGAAGCCCAGUUUGCAGAGUUGGCCCGGUUCGCACCUCAUAUGGUGGACAUGGACUAUAAGAAGGCACGAAAAUUUGAAGGGGGAUUACGAGGUGCUAUUCUGGACCGAGUUAAUAUAUUGAAGUUACCUACCUAUGUAGAUGUGUUGGAGAGGGCCGUCAUAGCGGAAAGGAAUAUUGCUGCCCAAAAUCGCAUUUCUGAAUGGAAAGGGAAAAGACAUGACAGUCAAUGGUCUAAGGGGUCAACUACUCCACCAAACAAGAAACAGAACUCAGGGACUGCAACUGCUUCUAUCCCUAGUCAGGGUUCAAUCCCUAUAUGUUCGAAGUCUGGAAAGAGGCAUCGUGAAACAUGCUAUCGGGGGUCUGGAGCCUGUUUCCAUUGUGGAAAAAUGGGUCACGUGAUAAGGGAUUGUCCUCAAAGGAAACAACAACAAAAUGACAACAGGGCUGCUACCAGUUCAGCGGGGUCUACACCAACUACCAACAACAAGGUACCGGCCAAACCGACUAAUAAUAAGGACACCGCGAGACAAGGCAGGGUGUUCACAUUAGUUCCGGGAGAUGUGCAAAAUGAGGCAACGGUAGUGUCAGGUACAUUUAUGGUUCACGGUCAUUCUGCUUUUGUAUUGUUUGAUUCUAGCUCUACCCAUUCUUUUGUGUCAAAACUAUUUGCUCAUAAUUUAGAUAAACCUGAAGAAGUCUUAUCUUAUAUCUUAUAUGUGUCCUCACCUUUGGGGGAUUCCAUGAUUUGUACUUCCAUCUAUACUGCUUGUGAACUUCACCUUGGGUAUAUUCGGGUAUACGCUAACCUGUUACCUCUCGACAUGACGUAUUUCGAUAUUAUUCUGGGAAUGGACUGGUUGGGUGAAUAUGGCGCAACUAUAGAUUGUUUGACUAAACAAAUCAGUUUCCACCCGCUGGGACAAUCAGAGUCUACCUUCCAGGGACAUGGAGUGACUUCUCCACCUUAUUUGAUUUCCGCAGCAAAGGCUUGUAAAUUAAUUCAGAAAGGGUGUCAGGGGUAUUUAUGUAGUGUGCUAGAGGGGCAAGGGGUGAAUGGGAAUACCGACAUGAUCCCAGUUGUCUGUGAAUUUCCUUACGUCUUUCCAGAAGAAUUACCAGGGCAGUUAAUAGACCAUUAUGAUUUACAGAUUCUUUACCAUCCUGGUAAAGCUAACACAGUUGCAGAUGCGCUCAGUCGAAAAGGUAUGGGGGCUUUGGCAAGCUUGGUUACAGGGCAAAAAGAGUUAGCAAUUGAAUUGGAUAAGAUGGAAGUAGACCUUGUGCUACAGGGACAAGAAGCUACAAUAGCAGCAGUGAUGGCCCAACCGACCCUACUGGAAGCGAUUAAACUACGUUAA